AUAUUCUAAUCAAUGGAUUAUUUGCAAGAGAUUAACCAAAGUCUACAUAAUUUGCGCGAAACUAAUAAGCAAUUAAAACAAAAGGUGAGCCAAAGUAACCACGAUUUGGCUGAACUCCGGGCAGUGAACAUUGAACAGCACAGACGUAUUGAGCACUUGGAGGCACUAAUUGCUAGUCAAUCAAUGAUAAGCGCUAAUAAUGACGACGAUUAUCAUAGCAAUGAGAGCUCAAUCAAACGUGUGUUAAAUGGGGCUAAGCAUUCAAAUGACAUACAAGUGCUGGACUCGUGCGACUACAAUGACCCUCACUUUGAGCGCCAGGUGUCCGAACUGGCCCUACAGGCGGUGCGCAUACAGUUCGCCGACUAUACAGAAAUGGCUGACUAUUUAAAGCAAGAGAUUCGGUCCAAAACUGGGACAGAGUGUCUGGUCGGUACAGGUGUGGCCGAUUUUAUGCGUGAAGAAUUAUGUAAUCGUUAUGAUAAAUUAUAUGGCAAUCAUUGGCUGGUGUCGGUGGGUGUGGGCCAUCACUUUGACCAUUCAUAUGGCACCCGUAGUGGUAAACACAGCAAGUUUAUCGACUUUCUGAUCAAUGAAUUACGGAUUACAGUGUUUCAAGUGUGA